AUGGGGACUGACAGUGAAAACCCUGUCCUGAGGAAUGUGCUCAUCAGCUUCAACUUGCUUUUGCUGGGUGCCGUCCUCAAGCCUUUUGAGUGCCGGCUGGAGGUGACAACGGAGCCAGCCGAGAGGCCGGUGGUGGACGAGGAGGGUGGCCUUGCCAACUGCAGCCCACCCAUCAAAGAGCAGCCCAUGGUCUUCCACCACAUCUACAACAUCAACAUCCCCCUGGACAGCUGCUGCUCAUCUAUGUUCAAGUCUUCAGCCGAGGAGGUGAGUUCAGAAGACGACCGGCUGGCUGAGUACGCGGAGCAGACCUCUGACAGCGAGAGCCAGGUCACCUUCACCCACAGGAUAAACUUGCCUAAGCACGCCUGCAAGUGCUCCACCUCCCUCCCGUCCCUGCAGGAGCUGCUGAGCAGGAUUGAGAUGCUGGAGAGGGAGGUUUCCAUGCUCCGGGACCAAUGCAACUCCAAUUGCUGCCAAGAAAAUGCAGCCACAGGGCAGCUGGAUUACACCCCACAGUGCAGCGGCCACGGGAACUUCAGCCUGGAGUCCUGCAGCUGUGUCUGCAUGGAGGGCUGGGCAGGCAGCAACUGCUCCGAGCCCCGCUGCCCCCGGGGCUGCUCCAGCCGUGGCGUCUGCCUGGAGGGCCAGUGCAUCUGCGACAACGACUAUGGGGGUGAGGACUGCUCCCAGCUCCGCUGCCCCGCUGGCUGCGGCUCCCACGGGCUCUGCGUGGACGGGGAAUGCAUCUGUGAGGAGGGUUUCACCGGAGAGGACUGCUCCCAGCUGCGGUGUCCCCACGACUGCUCGGGGAAGGGACAGUGCAUCAACGGCACGUGCGUCUGCCAGGAGGGCUACGCCGGGGAGGACUGCGGGUGGCUGCACUGCCCCAAUGCCUGCAGCGGCCGUGGGCUCUGCCAGAAUGGGCUCUGUGUCUGUGAGGACGGCUACGAAGGGCAGGACUGCUCAGCAGUGGCUCCUCCCGAAAACCUUCGAGUGACGGGGAUCAGUGAGAGCUCCAUUGAGCUGACAUGGGACAGCCCCAGGGCAGCCACCGAGUACGUCGUCUCGUAUCAGCCGGUGGGGCCAGGGGGCACCCAGCUCCAGCAGCGGGUGCCCGGGGACUGGAGCAGCAUCACCAUCACGGAGCUGGAGCCAGGAGUUGCCUACAACAUCAGCAUCUACGCGGUCAUCAGCAAUGUCUUGAGCAUCCCUGUUACCUCCAAGGUGAUGACCAACCUCGCCACACCACAGGGGCUGAAGUUCAAGACCAUCACGGAGACGACAGCGGAGGUGCAGUGGGAGCCUUUCUCCUUCCCCUUUGACGGCUGGGAGAUCAGCUUCAUCCCCAAGAAUAACGAGGGUGGCGUGAUCGCCCAGCUCCCCAGCACCGUCACCACCUUCAACCAGACAGGGCUGAAGCCAGGGGAAGAGUACACCGUCACCGUGGUGGCCCUGAAGGAACAAGCCAGGAGCCCUCCCACCUCCGACAGCGUCUCAACCCUCAUUGACGGCCCGACGCAGAUCCUGGUGCGGGAUGUCUCCGACACGGUGGCCUUCGUGGAGUGGACGCCGCCACGCGCCAGGGUGGACGCCAUCCUGCUGAAGUACGGGCUGGCGGACGGGGAGGGGGGGAGGACCACGUUCCGCCUGCAGCCCCCCCUCAGCCAGUACUCCCUGCAGGCCCUGCGCCCCGGCGCCCGCUACCACCUCGCCGUCAGCGCCAUCCGGGGUGCCAACGAGAGCCGGCCGGCCCUCGCCCAGUUCACCACAGAGAUCGAUGCCCCCAAGAACCUGCGGGUGGGCUCACGGACACCCGCCAGCCUCGAGCUGGCCUGGGACAACAGCGAGGCCGAGGCGCACAGCUACAGGGUGGUCUACAGCACCCUGGCCGGGGAGCACUACCACGAAGUCCUGGUGCCACGGGACACCGGUCCCACCACCCGGGCCACCCUUGCAGAUCUGGUGCCGGGGACAGAGUACGGCAUUGGGAUUUCAGCCGUGAUGGACAGCCAGCAGAGCGUGCCAGCAACCAUGAACGCCAGGACUGAGCUUGACAGCCCCCGGGACCUCCUGGUGACAGCCUCCACGGAGACGUCCAUCUCGCUGACCUGGACCAAAGCCACAGGUCCCAUUGACCACUACCGCAUUACCUUCACCCCCGCCUCGGGGAUGGCCUCUGAAGUGACAGUGCCCCGGGACAAGUCACAGUUCACCCUCUCAGAGCUGGAGCCUGGGACAGAAUACACCAUUUCCAUCAUCGCCGAGAGGGGACGCCAGCAGAGCCUAGAGGCCACCGUGGAUGCCUUCACAGGGGUCCGGCCCAUCACGCAGCUCCACUUCUCCCAGCUGACAUCCUCCAGUGUGAAUGUCACGUGGAGCGAUCCAUCCCCACCAGCAGACCGCCUCGUCCUCACCUACAGCCCCCGGGAUGAGGAGGAGGAACAGCAGGUCACGCUCGACGGCACCCGCAGGCACGCCAGCCUGACAGGCCUGCAGCCGUCCACCGAGUACCUGGUGUCACUGGUGGCCAUGCAUGGUGCCAUCAGCUCCGAGCCCGUUGUGGGCUCCAUCACAACAGGGAUUGACGCACCGAAGGACCUCAGGGUGGGCAACGUCACCCAGGAGUCCAUGAUGGUCUACUGGAGCCCUCCCAUUGCUGCCUUUGACCACUAUAGAAUAUCCUACCGCGCUGCUGAAGGGAAGACAGACAGCACCGCCAUCCCCAGCGAUGCCACCGAGUACAUCCUCCACCACCUGCAGCCUGCCACCAAGUAUGAGAUCGAGGUGAAAAGCGUGCGGGGCCGGGAGGAGAGCGAGAUGGCCUCCAUCACUGUGUACACAGCUAUGGAUGCCCCCCUGGGGGUCACGGCCACCAACAUCACCCCCACUGAGGCGCUGCUGCAGUGGAACCCACCGCUGUCAGAUGUGGAGAGCUACAUCCUCAUCCUCACCCGCCGCGCAGUUGCAGGAGAAACAAUUCUUGUGGAUGGAGUCAACCAGGAGUAUCAGUUGACCAACCUCAUGCCCAGUACCACCUACACAGUCUCUAUGUACGCCACCAAUGGGCCUCUCACCAGCCAGACCAUCAGCACCAACUUUACAACUCUUUUGGAUCCUCCAACAAACCUGACCGCCAGCGAAGUGACUCGACGGAGCGCCUUACUCUCCUGGGUGCCUCCCGUGGGAGAGAUCGAGAACUACAUCAUGACCUACAGAUCCACUGAUGGCAGCCGCAAGGAGCUGAUUGUGGAUGCUGAGGAUACGUGGAUCCGCCUGGAGGGGCUUUCUGAGACCACAGAGUACACUGUGCGCCUGCAAGCUGCCCAAAACGCCUUGCGGAGCGGCUUAAUCUCCACCACCUUCACCACAGGUGGCCGUGUCUUUGCUAACCCUCAGGACUGUGCCCAGCAUCUGAUGAAUGGAGACACACUGAGCGGCGUCUACACCAUCUCCAUCAACGGGGACCUUGGCCAGCGUGUGCAGGUGUACUGUGACAUGACCACUGACGGGGGCGGCUGGAUUGUCUUCCAGAGGCGGCAGAAUGGGCUGACCGAUUUCUUCCGGAAAUGGGCAGAUUAUCGAAUCGGCUUUGGAAACUUGGAGGACGAAUUUUGGCUGGGCUUGGACAAUAUCCACAAGAUUACAUCCCAAGGGCGCUAUGAGUUACGAAUAGACAUGAGGGACGGUCAGGAAGCAGCAUAUGCCUACUACGACAAGUUCUCCAUCGGUGACGCCCGGAGCUUGUACAAGCUGCGAAUCGGGGACUACAACGGCACUUCAGGGGACUCCCUCACCUAUCACCAGGGCCGCCCCUUCUCCACCAAGGACAGGGACAACGAUGUCGCUGUGACCAACUGUGCCAUGUCCUACAAAGGGGCCUGGUGGUACAAGAACUGCCACCGCACUAACCUCAACGGCAAGUACGGAGAGUCCCGGCACAGUCAGGGGAUUAACUGGUACCAUUGGAAAGGCCACGAAUUCUCCAUCCCAUUUGUGGAAAUGAAGAUGCGACCCUACAACCACCGUAACAUCUCUGGGAGGAAGCGACGGUCCCUACAGCUCUGAGCCAGCUGAACCCCCUCCUGCCUCCCACCACCUGACCUUUUCUGUCAUUUGUUUGUAUUUUAUAAUACAAAAAGGGGAAAAAACAAUUACUACUCAUCUGAGAUAGCAACCUGCCCCUAAUGAGUGCUGGAGGGAACCGCGGCACAAGCAAAAGCCGUUGGAAUGGAAAAAACCUCAUUGCUUUGCACCUGUCCCAGAGAAAUACCAAAUUUCCAGUCUCCCUACCCCAAUACUCUGACCCUUAACAUAAGAAGAAAGAGAGAGAGACAGACAGAUUUUUGAUAUAUUUUUAAAAGACUUAGAAAUCCCCAUCAAACUCUGUUAGAAACAUUUGUCACAUGGCUCAUGGCAGAAACAUUACCCACAGAGACCUUGGUGUGACCCUUUCUACCCCAGUCACAGCCAGGGACACCUGUCCUCUCCCUGUCACCUCCUGGCAGGGAGGAACCAAGCUCCAUGCCAUCCUGGAGACAGCAGCUCUUCCAGCAGGCAGAUGUUCAUCUCUCCUGACCUGGUCAUCCCAUCCCCAGUUUUCACAGGAGGGCUUUGCAAGUAUCUGCGUAUGUAGGCAAAUCCCAGAGAGCCCAGAGCUCACAUGUUGGCACCACCACAGCCAAAGUCGUCCUCGUGUGCAUGGGGUGCAGGGGAACAAAAGCUGCUCCACCAGCCCCAGCCUGCAUCAUCCACUCCUCCAAGCUGACCUCAUCCCACUUCAGGUGCAUGACAUCUGUUUGGGUUAUGCAGAGCCUGAUGGAGAAAAAAGGAGGCAAAUUAAAGAACUUGGGGGAAAAACAAACAAAAAAAAAUCACUAUUUGCUGUCUUAAAGUCCAGGGCCUGUUUCCUCUGCUAUUUCUACACGCCACUGCACUGUCUCUCACUGAGGUCAUUGGUCGCAAACCGAAGAGUCUCAGAGAAGGCCCAGCAACCAAAAGAGCUAUCAUGCAACCACAGCCCAGCCUCAAACCAGCAGCAGGCAGAGCCCAGGUGUUGUCGUCCAGGGACCUCCACAGACAUGGUGAAGGAGGACAACACAGCCAAGGGAAGAUGAGUGCAAGCUGAGAAAUGCCUAUCCCUUUCCUUCUUGUACACCAUCCCUCUUCGCCACCAUCACAAGAGGGACACAAAUCUCAGUGCCUUGGUAUCACCAUCUUUCUAAUGGGAAAUCAACCAUUUCCUCUCCUGGAAGGAAGGUUUAGUCCAUUCAGAUUUUGGAGCACUUCAAGACCUUUGGAAGAAAAGAUGAGUUGGUCUUCCCAUUCUUAACUUCUCCCAUCUUAAGGAUGAUGGACCCUUCAGAUAUCUCUGAUUGCACCCUGUUGUCGUUGACACCACCUCUACAUAGCCCAAAUUACCACCAUGCUGGAGUCACCCCUCUGCCGAGGGCUCCGAUCAAUGCUGGGCAUUGUCACUGGCCUGGUCUCGGAAAAGGGACUUGUCCCCACAUUCAAGGACAAUGCAGCUCAUCGCUGGGUUGGCAGCCAAGGGAACAUUACAAAUGCUAAACACUGCUUUUUGAUUUUAUCACACUGAAGCUGCUUUGUCUCAAGAAAGAUCUUCCAGAUGGCAACAUAAAGGCAUCUUUGCAGUAGCUUAUAAUUCAGGCCAGUGUCUCUUUUGUGAUCAUGCUCCUGGAUUUUCUGACGUUACUCACAAUGGCUGCAUAGCUGAACAAGGGCAUUAAGCAUUGCCUCCUUGUCCAUGCCACGUACUGGCACACUAAAUCAUAACCCCAAGGUCAGGAUUAGCUACAAGGUCCAGCCCUUCAAGUGGUCAGCUUACAAGUUGCAGUCCAAUCCGGAGGAAGGAUGCUGUAGCUCAGCAACAUCUCAUAUGUAACUGAGGCAUCUCUUCUUACUUCCUAUCACCAUCAAAUCAGACAAGUCAACCAGUUGAGGAACAGGUCAGUGAUGCAGGAACAGGCUGCAGAUGAUGGGAUCUCUUGCAGGACAUGGCCAGUGUCACAGAUGGCAGCAUGUCACACCUCCUGAGAAGCCUGCCCUGGUUUAGGUUCCAAAAGCCAACAAGAAACAACAUAUAGAACCGAUUAAAACCUAAGAACCUCCUAGGAGACCAAAGUAAUAUUUUUCCCAACAUCACCAUGAGUUUAUAGGCAAGAAGUGUCCUAGCAAAAGCACUAUAGUGAUUAUAAUGAGGAGCAAAGACUUGACAGUGGAUGUCAUUCAUCACCUGUCUCAGAUGGUGCUGUUUGCUUAUCUACCCAGGUUAAAGGAAGAGGCAUCAGCAAAAACACAGGAGCUCAUCAUUUCCAAUCAAGUGGAAGGCAAGAAACUUCUCUUUCCAAAAGUACAAGUCAAACAGAAAAUCAAAACACACUGUGCUUUUCCAGGAAGUUCAAAAGAAGAUCCUCAAAAAAGGCUGAUUAUUCUCUAAAUAGAUUUACUGACACGUAUCUCUCCCGCCCGCUUAUAUCUGUCAGCCCUUUUAUAAGUCCUAUAUCUGGGAUGAGAGGACCUGGUUGACACAACUACAUUGUUGAGUCUGAAGGACACUCUUGGCACCUUCCAGUGCCAUUAUAUACCAGUGCUGGUCCUUGAUCUCACACACGGUACACCACAGGGUUGCAUUUCCUUUCCCCUGGUGAAACACAGGUGCUAAAAAUCUUUUAAAGGAAAGACAUCUACAUGUGGUGGUUUUGUUCUCUUGGUGAUAACCUAGCCCAAGCCUAGACACACAAUCAGCAAUGACAACCCAGUCAUUUGGGCCAUUGUCCCUUGUUCAUAUUGUUCACAUCCAAGAUAAAAUUUUCCAGAAAUAUAUUUUUCAUCAUUGCCCGAUAAAUUGGGGGGGGUGGGCAAAGCUCCUGCCAGUGGUUUCAAGUAAAUUUGUGCUUAACACUGAUGCAACAGGAUGGCCAGGUGAUGAAGUACAGCUUCUCUCUAGCCUCCACCCCUGGUUGGCCAAGCCCUUUUUCUGAAUUCAUUCUCCAACUGGACCAAAUUUGGCCUUGUUCCCCAUCAGCAAGCAUGAGACUGAAUGAACUCCUGGCAACAGGCCUGAGAUUCCCACAAACCCAACCUAGAUCCUGCUCAUUGCGACAGACUUUGGCUCCAGCACCUGAUUCAUCGCUGGGCUCUGGUGGCUUCUGUGCCACCCAGCUCAUACAGCCCAGGUUUGUCCCAGAGCCUAAAUAUGGAACCUGAAGCUGUUACCCAAACUACACCAUCUGACACAAGAUGUCAACUCCCAGAACAUCAAGCAAGGAGAAGCACAUCAGGUCCUUCACCCAGCAGAGCACCAUGUGUGCUCAGGACCCUCUCUGCCUUUCAAACCCACCUCUUAUUUCUAAACCCCAAAUCCUGAUAGGAAAUAACAACGGACUUUCUCAUUUCUUGCCCAAUUUUGAUUUCGCUGUUUCCAUUCCUGUCAGACCUCCAAGCACACCACACACUGCACUAAAACAUAACUAAAAACAACCAAACAAAAAAAAGUCUUGAAAGGAAAAACUGCUUUUAGGAAAGUGAUCCUUAAGACAGCAUUUAUAAACUAAUAAUUUGGAGAAGGAGAGAGGCCAGGCCCUCCACAAAGGGUUUUGGCAGCAGGAUGCUGGAAGAACAUCCACACUCAGUUUGGGGAGAAAACUUUGCUUCUGUUCCUUAUCUUCACAUUACUUUAUGAUCAGCAUCUCAAAGUGCAGUACCAGCCUAAAUGCACCCUUGCUCCAACCUCCUGCCUCCUUCCCAAAGUGAUGCUGACCCCAGGUGAAGUGUUGGGGUAUGGAAAACACAGCUUUGGCCACCUUUGUCCGCAGCGCUACGGAAAGGGCAGUGGUGUCUCCACACUAGGGUGGCCCUGUGCCUGCCACAGGCUUAGAGUUACUUUCCAAAGUACAGUAGGAGCCAAAAUAUCCACCCAGCACAUUGCCUGCAUGCCAGCACAUCCCCUUCAUCCAGACCCAGAGCCGCCUCCCGGGUAUGUCCCCACCAUCGCACCCCGGGGUGACUACACACUUACAAAACUUGACCUUACAGACACUGCCAGCAAAGAGUUCUCACCCAAAAAAAACCCUUUAAUUCAUGAUUAUACUCACUAACAAAGGGCUCUGUCCCAGAGCCAAGUGGGAAGCCCAUCCCUGUUUCUGCCAACCAAGCACCCCAGGAUAGCCAAACCCAACUGAGCCUCUUGGGGACCACCAGUACCUUCCAGGGUCACCUUUCCCCUUCCUUACAGUGGUGGCAGCUCCUUGUCCCUUCCAGGGAAAAGGUUUGGGAUUAGGGGGAGGAAAGACUUCUUUCCUGGGGAGAUGCUGAUGCCCAGACCCACCUCAGUACCCAGCCCACACCCCUCCAGGUGUCAGUGGUUUCUCAGAAGGAUGCUGACACAAAGAUCUAAGCAAAGAAACAAGCAGCCCCCUGUCUACAGGUGUUACCCUGGAAUUGUGUUUAUUACUUCAAAAAAACCCCAAAAAAUUAAAACCAUAAAUAAAAAGGAAGAACACAGGCAACGAAACCCCUUGGACAGGUUCUGAUGAACUCAAACACAAAUUAACCCAACCAAAUGAGGGGGAAGAUAAAAGCAAAUGAAUGCAUAAAUAAAAGAAAUAAUAAUAUAAAUAAAUAAUAUAUUAAACAACCCUCCCCAUCCUGUAAUGAAAACGUAGCUCAGAGAAUGGGAUCGACGCUUGUUAACCAUUGUUAACUAGUAUUUUUAGUCCUGACCGCUCUUAGGCUAUGUAUAGUUCCUUUUUUUAAUGCAUUUUCUAUACAUUAAUAAAAGAUACCGAAGGAG